AUGGCUUUUGAAAGCACUGUAGAAAUUACGCGCGGCAGCAUAAAGACAAAACAAGGCGCACCACAACAAGAGAACCCCCUGGAGGAAUCAUCGUCGGCACUGACGUUUUCCAUUCCCGCUCCCAUUGCGUCUGUGCGUGCCAACAUUCGAGCUUUUGAAGAUGAUAGUAUUCGAAAACUUCUGCAGCGCUAUGAUGGUGUGGAUGUAUUGCCUAAUGGCUGGCGUGAAGGUCCAUCAAAUAAGGACACUCAGGUCGUUUAUGGCGAGGUUGCUGGUAGUGAGUGGUACACAAUGAAGACGACGGGUACACUUCACGUGAGUGCUUCGAAGGCUGCUGCUAUUCUAAUGCGCUGUGAUAUGGUACCCAAGUUUGAUGACAUGACCAAGGAAGUGAAGACCAUGGAGAAGCUUAGUGAUGUCUCGGAAGUGCGUCGCGUGACGGCAAAGUCUGUUAUGUUCACAGCAGCUCGGGACUUUUCAGUUGUCUCUACAUUUCACGAAGAGACUAGUGGUCGCCUUCUUAUUGCUACUCGCUCGGUCGAGCAUGUACCUGAACGCAAGGGCUACGUUCGUGCAAUCAUCCUCAUUUCAGGUUACGUGGUAACGCCUCACCCGACAAAUCCCAACAUGUGUGACAUUAGUGUCAUUGCUCACAUGGACCUUGGUGGUAACCUGCCAGCUAUGGUAGUGCGCUAUCUCGGUCUAUCUGCACCGAUUAAACUUGUUGAGAAGAUUCAUGAAGUUACAUUGCGGGCAUAG